GGGAAUCUCAAUUAAUCAAUGCGCUUCUGUUGAUCACGCCCUUCGCACCCUUACCCCAAGAGGUGGGGCCGCUCUCGAUCGCAUUCCCUCAGAUGCGUCGCCGGCAAAACGUUCAUUUCGAUGGCAUGAUCGGAAGAUGAACGUGCAUCUAGAACACUCAAGCGGGUCGUUGUACAUACGAUCAUGACCGGCGACACGCGCCACACCGCAAGGGGCAGCAGCAGAUUAAAACGACGAUUAACGGGGGACGACGACAGCGGCAAAUCGAAUCGCGCUGCAGAUGAGUCGGUCUCAAAUCCGAAGCGGCAGCGGGUGUCGCGUGCUUGCGACAACUGUCGUUCGAAGAAAGACAAGUGCGACGGCGUCAAACCGGUGUGUUCGACAUGCGCUUCGUUAUCGCGCCCGUGUACAUACAAAGCAAAUCCGAAGAAGAGGGGCCUGCCGACGGGGUAUAUUCGCUCGCUUGAACUACUAUGGGGUCUUGUGUUCUGCAAGAUACAGGGGAGCGAGGAUGUGGUUCGGGCGUUGUUGAAAACGGCCAAUUUACCGAGUCAUUUGGCGUCGAUGGGUAAAGAAACGGAGGCGUCGGAUACCCUCCUAGCUUCGUUCAAGAACAGCGCUAUGCUAAAAGAUAUCGAGAAGAUGAUUUUAUCUUUGGAACAGCCAGAAGAGGAUCAGGACAAGAGUGAUCAUAUUCCGGGAGAUAAUGACUCUCCCUCUGAUGCAGGGAGUAGUGCGCUGGCUUCUCACGCCCUCGAAUGGCAUUUGCCCCAGAUACAAGCAUAUGGGGGAGAAGCCUUGACUACACCUGGUUUUUCUCCCACCAAAACACCUAGUGUUACAUCAACUGCUAGGCUUCCUCCAAGUAUGACUCGUGAUUGUGGAAGUCAAACUAUGGACACCGAUGUGACGAUCCACCCCCCGUCCCAGCCCUUGUCUCUCCGAGUUGACCACCAUACAACACCACUCAAACUUCCUUCCAAUGUAUGGCCUUUGCUUGACAUAUACUUUUCCUACACGCAAUGCUGGUUUCCUAUACUUGAGAAGCAUGACAUACUUCGCACCGCAUUUCGCCAUUCUGAAGACGACGCGCCGGUCGAUCCCUCGUCGCCUGGUUCCGGAGAUUAUGCUGCUCUUUGGGCCGCUUUGGCCCUUGCUUCUGUUCAAGAUACAUCAAUCUCCAAGACUGGCGCUCGCAGUCGACAGGACUGUAAUGUGUUGUAUACCACAGCCAAGAGCCUAAUCCCUGACGAGAGUGACGCUUAUGAAAUGGGCCACGUGCAGGCAUUAUUGAUCUUGUCCCUCGUGAAGUUUGGCCAGCACAAGUGGAUGACAUCCUGGAUUCUUGUAGGGCAGGCUGUUCGGGUUGCACGCUUCUUUUCAGGGUUAGACUCUCUUCAGGGACAGCCCGCGAAUCGAGACGGUAUGGCUUCUCCGCGUACCAAACAUGUUCUCUUGGGCUGUUUUGUCCUGGAAACAUUGAUAUCUAUGCAAAUUGGCCAGGCUCCCUCCAUGCGGAAAGAUGAUGUGGCGAAAAUUGGUUUGAUCAACGAAGAUGGCUUGGAAGAGUGGCACCCAUGGGAGGAUCAGACCGGCCUCCAAGCAGGCGAGCCAUCGCGUGGUUCAUUCCACAGGGGCCCUCUCCUUGCUUUAAGCACGUUCAAUCGUCUGGUCUCGCUGAUGUGUAUCUUGAAUGAACUUUGCUGUUUACGACAAAGCCCACCCGCCGCCCUACCACAGCUCGAGACACUCCAGCGACAGCUACAAUCGUGGGCGUCCGCGCUUUCGAAGAGCUACCGCGUCGAUCUACAGAACCCUGCCAAAGUGGGCUCGCCACAUAUCUUUGGCCUAGAAGUGAUGUACGAGAGCGUUACUACAUCACUAAACACUCAAUUCGCCGUCCAACAGGGUGAUGGGCACGGUCUAGAGUCAUCGUAUAUGAAGUGUGCCACGGAAAGCUCCAGAAGGUUACUAUUGCUGCUCCAAGCCUAUGUGGAGAAUUACAGUCUGGCUGCGACAUGUCCGACAUUCGGAAUGAUCUUGGGAUUUGGAACCCUACAAACCACCCUGUCCUUGGAGGCUGAGCCUGAGCUAAAGAAAGAGCUCCAAUCUUUCGUGUCCCGCUUGUCAGCAGUAUGGGCAGAUCCAAAGAUUACCGUUCCAGAACUGACGCCCGCGGAACAACCGCCAACAUCAGAAACCAUGACUCUCACAAGGACUCGAGAGGAAACUCACUCUCACGUACCCUCGGAUAACUCUACUGUCAUACCUCAAGCCACAACUAAUAUCUCCAUAAACCCGUCACGAAGCACGCAAAUGACGAACGAAAGCCGCAGAGACCUCGCUACCCCGGAGUCACUCAUAGCCAAUCUAUGGAUGAGGACGCCGAGCAACACCGAAGGAAACAUACCGUUAUCUUUAUCAACGCCCACGCCUUCGCUAAACGUGCAUGGAUCCCCAAAGGAAAGCCGCCACCGUGCAUCUAUGUCUGAAAAACCGUCGAACGAAACACCAAUGGCUAUACCCGACACAGCAACCCAGUUCCACAGAAAUGAACCUCAAUACCCAACACCUUUCACCGAGCCCAACCUUAACCUCGGCGCCUUUGUAGGCGUUGACGGAUACGGAUCUCUCCAAAGACAGCGGAUUGCCCCUGAUUUGGACGCAUUGUUCGAUGAACUAGCAUCCCUUGAUGGGACAGAACACGCUGAUAACCAGCCGGAGUUUAUGCAGAAUCUGGGGUUUGUGCCUGAUGCUGGGAUUCCUGAGUUUUAUCCUUAUACACAUCAGGUGGAUCCUUCGUGA